AUGUCUUCGUCCUCAAAAGUCAGAAAAAGACAAGAGAAAUGCUUUGAUGCAUCGAUUAGGCAUACUUUUCGUAAUGCUAAUUUACGCACUAAUGCUCUGUUGGAUGAUAAGCUCCGUGCUGCACAACGUCAUAUGCUUCUGUUUCAAGAAACUCAAUCGUUCACCAAACCUCUCACACAUCUGUGCUAUAAGAAAAAAUUCAUCUCACCUUUACAACAAGAUUAUUCUUUUCCGCUUUCGUUUCCUGGAACAAAUCGCGUUUCUGCAGUCAUUGCUACGGAACUAUAUAGUAACGAUAGCUCCAUCGCAUCUCCGACCAUUGUUGAUCCUAAUCCACCUGUUGUCAUAGACAACCUUGAAAACGUGCCUAAACACUACAUUCCGUUAAUUCCGGAUGAACCUUUCUACGAAGGUGGCUUAUAUAAUCAACCUUCUCAUAGAAACAUUAGGAAACGCAACUUGAAACUACUUACGGUUGGCAGUAAUGCUUGGUUAGCCCACAUGAAAGAGAUUUAUGAUAUCCAUAUAGAAAAUACGCAAUAUGAACAGGCAAAAAUCGACGCUGGAAGUCAAUAG